AUGGAGCGUUGCCCUUGGCAGUUUGUUUGCCAGGCUCUGGGCUCACCCCAGUCUCUGUCAUUUGUCUGCUGUGCCCGAGGGAAGGAAACACUAUCACAAGGGGUGGAAUCUGCUCCUGGAACGGAUUGGGAGCCUACCUGGUGGGGAGCAGAGCUUGGCUCAGCAGAGCUCAGUGGGGGCAGACUGGGGGUGGUCAUGGUUUGUGGAUUUUCUGUAGAAUGUUCAGGAAUGUCUUGCCUGGCUGCUUUGGUCCUGGGCUAUAUCGCUUCAUCAAAGACACUUAAGAUUGCCCCAGCUGGGGAGGAGUCUGACACCCAGCUCCAGAUUGAGUUGGUAAGAAAUUUAUCUUAA